AACCCCUUCGUUUGUGUGCGUUGAUAUACUUGGAUAGGUGAGUUAACCAGUGGACGCCAUGAUAUUGGUCAAACUUCCAUAUGUACCCCUUCCGGAAAAAUGAAAAAUCGCAAAGCAUUGACGGAAUUUCCUCCCUUUGCAAUCGAUACACCCCAGCUGCAUAAUAUUAUUAGAAACGGCCAUUCAUUAGGAAUGCUCACGUCUAGCCCUGGUAUCCGAGUACCUCGGGAGGCCCUGCUACAGAGUGAUGGUUAUGGUUAGGACUUCAAUGGGGGAUAUAUUGAUCGUGCGAUUGUCAAAUCGACCUGAUCAAACACCUCCCAAUCCUUCAUAAUAUCAAGUAGGCAGAAUUAGGCCACGGUACCGUGACGUUCCACCCCCUUGCUAUUACAGCUUUUACCCGCUAUCUUUCGUUGGAGAGCUUUAUUCCCCUUCACGACAAGCCCACCUUACUCCCCUAUCACCUGAUACGCAGGAUCAAGCCAAAAACCGUACAUCGACUCUCGACAAACCAUAACAAGCACGAUGACAUCGAACUUCUGACACCAUAUCAAGAAGCCACAAGACAGAUAAGAAAAUCCAUCCCCCACGCCCACUCCAUAUUACAAUUCACACCUAACACACAUGACACCAUGGCCCACCGAAACCCCAAAAGGACGUCCAAUAGAAGAGAGAUGAACUAGGAUCCACAGGUCAACCUUCCUAAUAUGAUACCGUAACCAGCAUAUCCACACGUUUUCCCGCUACCAAAAUCUAAAGCACGACACGCUACUAGCCGCCCGCUCCCGAUCCCAAUCCCGAUCCCAAUCUCCUGAUUCACGGUCCCACAACCCUAGAGAGACUUCAUAGGAGCUAUGCUACUACUACAGAAACAGGGUGAUACUGCCAGCGGACUGCGGGGUGUACGAGCGCCCAGAAUGCAGCCACUCAACCUAUUUAAUUCUACCUUUGUUGCAAAAUCCCUCACUUCUUAUAGCUUUGAGCUCGUUUUUAUGAUGGCGUUGAUAAGGACUAGUUCAGGUGAAGACAUACCCCCCCGCUCCACCAAAAUCAAAGACGUCAGAGUGUGUGAAUCCCUAGAGCCAAGGGGGAAGGAUCGGGAUACUAUAUGACCGCCGGAUAAUGACCUGGGUCCACUUGCAGAUUUGCACAUCGCAGGAUGUGAGGGUUUUUAAUUACCGGUAAUAUUAUUCAAGUGCAGAAAAAAACCCCAGGAUGUUGCGGAUUCCCCGGUCACACAACAGGCCACCCGCUGUCUUAUCGUUACCCCGCUUCCUUCCUCUCUCGAUAAGAUCCCUACGCAGCGGGGUCGUUUCAAAUGGCUAUUGAGGUAAUUUAAGAAUGAGUUGAUGGUAUAUAAUAAUUCGACUUUCCGCCUCUAGAAUGCCACACAUCCGUCUAAUCGCAACUCAAGUCGCCUUGCUGCCCCGGAUUGAAGCUCCAAGGCAAGAGCCAAAAGUUCGGACAGGUGAGAAAUCCACUAGAGUCUCUAUGGGAUAAUGGCUAAUCACUUUGCUCAAUAAGAACGUUAAAAAGCGACCCUUUUAAACGUAGACAAGGUCCUAGGGAGCGGCGCCACUCUGUCUACCACUGCCUAACUUUCAACCUUCUGAAUGAAAUGGCCUUUAGAGACGAUACCAAAGGCUCAUGAAAGCAGGAGGAAGCUACGGGGCCCAAAAUAUCAACGGGAGAGGCGCUUUGCGAGCAAAAUGCCAACUACGGACCAACAUCGCAGACCCGGACAACAAGCUGCCAAAAGGUCCGAAACGACUAUCUCGUGAAAAGGCCGGCUUUCCGGAACAGGAAUGGAGCGGGUCAAGAGAACCCAUCCAGCCCAAAGGGGUCGAAGUAGAGAAAAUAUCGGGGGUGGGAAUCUGAGAAUCUCGAAUCACGAGGAUGCGGGGUGUGACAGUAGGGCGGGGGUAAUGGCCCCUCUGCCAGCAUGAACGACCCAGCUCGAUAUCAGACUACACAAUACACACGAUCUACAUUUG